AUGGGCUCUGCUCUGCGGCGUCGCUGGCUAGUGGUCCAACUCCUGAUGCAGGUGUGGCUGGCGGCAAAUCCAUCUUUGAGUGAGCGCCCAUGCCCCAAGAGCUGUCGCUGUGAUGGAAAAAUUGUCUACUGUGAGUCAAGCGCCUUUCGCGAUGUCCCCAAGAACCUCUCAGGAGGCUGUGAAGGCCUGUCCUUACGGUAUAACAGUCUUGCCAGUCUUCGUGCUGGACAGUUUGUAGGCCUCAACCACCUCAUCUGGCUCUACUUGGACCACAAUUACAUUGCCUCUGUAGAUGGAAUGGCCUUUCAGGGGGUCCGCAGGCUCAAAGAGCUGAUCCUGAGUUCCAACAAGAUCACAUCACUCCAUAACACCACAUUCCACCCCGUCCCUAAUUUGCGUAAUCUUGACUUGUCGUACAACAAACUGCAAGCCUUGCAACCUGGGCAGUUCCAGGGCCUACGGAAGCUUCUCAGCCUUCACAUACGCUCAAACUCACUUAAAAUCAUACCAAUGCGUCUGUUUCAAGAUUGCAGAAAUCUUGAAUUCCUGGAUCUCGGUUACAACCGCCUGCGCAGUAUCACUCGAAAUGCAUUUUCAGGCCUAGUCAAGCUCACGGAGCUUCACCUGGAGCAUAACCAGUUCUCAAAGAUCAAUUUCUCUCACUUUCCUCGCCUCUACAAUCUGCGGGCACUUUACCUGCAGUGGAAUCGCAUUCGCUCAAUGAGCCAGGGCCUGACCUGGACCUGGGCCUCCAUCCAAAAACUGGAUCUGUCUGGGAAUGAUCUGACAGAAGUAGAUGCUGUAGUUUACCAGUGCUUACCCAACUUGCAGACCCUCAAUCUGGACUCCAACAAGCUGACCAAUGUCUCCCAGGAGGUGGUUGAUGCCUGGAUAUCUUUGACUACAAUUAGCUUAGCUGGGAAUGUAUGGGACUGUGGCCCUGCCAUCUGCCCUCUGGUGACCUGGCUGAGAAAUUUCAGAGGGGCAAAGGAGACCACCAUGAUCUGCGCCUCACCCAAGAAAGCCCAGGGUGAGAAAGUGAUGGAUGCUGUCGAAGCUUUUGGUGUAUGUCAAUCAAACCUAGCAACAACGCUCACUGUGAGUAUUCCUCCAACACCAUCCAGUGUCCCUGUGAAGACUGAACAUCCCCCAGCUAUUCUGGCUUCACCUACUGGUUCUGGAAAGAGAGGAGAGGGAUCUAUCAGAGGCCCCACAUUGUCAGCUGUUACCCCCCCUGUGGCACUUCCCCCAGAGCAAGACUUGGAGCCCGUGUCCUUCCAUAAGAUUGUUGCUGGAAGUGUUGCCCUUUUUCUAUCUGUUGCUAUGAUCCUGUUGGUAAUCUACGUGUCUUGGAAGCGCUAUCCUAGCAGUGUCAAGCAGCUGCAGGAGCAUUCGGCGACAGCCCGCAAACGCCGCAAGAAAGCUAGAGAGACGGAACGCACGCUGAGCUCUCCGCUGCAGGAGUACUAUGUGGACUACAAGCCCACCAAUUCUGAGGCCAUGGAUGUGCUUGUCAAUGGGACCGGACCCUGCACCUAUACCAUCUCAGGCUCUCGAGAAUGCGAGGUCCCCCACCAACUGGGUGCACUGACCUUCUACCGCUAUGAACAGCCUAUUGUAGACUACUGCCAGGCCCAUCAACCCCUGCGGCUCAACAUGGGUUAUGAGGGACCCCCACAGGGCCUAGAGGGCCUAGAGGACCUGGGGCCAUGUGAUAGGGGCACUAUACAGACAGUAGCGCUGCCUGCCGUGCCUACUGCUGCCAGCAUAGGUGCCCCUGUGCCAGGGCCUCGCUCUCCUCCACCAUCUCUUAGACCACCAACUGAAGGUCCCAGCAGCAGUCCUUUUCCUUCCACUGAACGCACCGGCACACUCAAAUUUGGACGCUAG